CGGCGGCGGUAGUGUGUUUUUCGCGUGAAUGUAUGCGCGCGCUUGUGUUAGUUGUGUGAGUGUGAGUGUGAGAGUGUGCGAGCAAGAGCAGCAGCAGCGUACCACCGAGUGUGAGUGUGGGUGUGUGUGUGUGUGUAUUGUGUGUGGGUGUGCCUGUGUGUGUGAGUGCGAACGGUGAUAUAUAGAUAACAGCACCGCGCGCGCGUUUUUGGGCACUACGCGCCACCUCACCACCCGUUCACUGUUCACGCGCACCGUGUGCCACCACCGCUACCGCCCCCACCACCAUCAGUACUGUCAAACACACACACACACACUCUCUCCUCGGCCCGUGUGUAUCGUCCGCCACCACCACUGCCCGCCACCGCAGCCGCCGCGUAUAGUGGUGUCGUCGUCGCCGCCGCCGCCGCUGCCGCCGCCGCAGCCGCCGUCGUCGUCGUUGUCACCGCCGCCGCCGCCGCCGCCGUCGUCGUCGUCGUCGUCGUCGCCGUCGUCGCCCCGUCGUUAUUGUUUUCGUGGUGGUGCGAACGAGUAACAACAAUAACAAUAAAACCGGUGUCGCCUCUAAACGAGCCGUAGCCUAGUGCUGGCCUCCGCCCCGCCGUCGCCGCCGCCGCCGCAGCAGCAGCCGCAGCCGCCCUCCCGCCGGAAAGCCACAAAAAUAGGCUGGCCUAAUGUUAUGGGGUGUUUUGGAAGCGCCGCGGCCAAGACGGACCACGACGAUGCGAAAAAGGGCAAGGAGACGAACAAAAAGAUAAAUCAGCAGCUGCAAAAGGACAAACAGGUGUACAGGGCCACACACAGAUUACUGUUGUUGGGAGCUGGAGAAUCUGGUAAAAGCACAAUUGUUAAACAAAUGCGAAUAUUACACGUAAAUGGAUUUAGUGAAGAAGAAAAAAAACAAAAAAUUGAAGAUAUUAAAAAAAACAUUAGAGAUGCCAUAUUGACAAUUACAGGUGCCAUGAGCACACUCACCCCACCAGUACAAUUAGAACACCCAGAAAAUCAGUUUAGGGUCGAUUAUAUGCAAGAUGUCGCCUCCCAACAUAACUUUGAAUAUACAACGGAGUUUUAUGAACACACAGAAAUACUGUGGAAAGAUAGAGGUGUACAGUCUUGUUUUGAUAGAUCUAAUGAAUAUCAACUCAUUGACUGUGCUAAAUAUUUUCUCGAUCAAGUACACAUUAUCAAGCAACUAAAUUAUACCCCUUCGGAACAAGACAUACUUAGGUGCCGUGUUUUAACUUCUGGUAUAUUUGAAACACGAUUUCAAGUUGAAAAAGUUAAUUUUCAUAUGUUUGAUGUGGGAGGCCAAAGAGAUGAAAGGCGUAAGUGGAUACAGUGUUUUAAUGAUGUCACUGCCAUCAUAUUUGUGACUGCUUGUAGUAGUUACAAUAUGGUUCUUAGGGAGGAUCCCACUCAAAAUCGACUCCGUGAGUCAUUAGACUUGUUCAGAAGCAUAUGGAACAACAGAUGGUUGAGAACGAUAUCAGUAAUAUUGUUUCUGAAUAAACAAGACUUACUAGCAGAAAAAAUUAAGGCUGGUAAAUCUCGGCUAGAAGAUUAUUUCGCCGAAUUCACCCGUUACCAAACGCCAAUGGAUGCUACUCCUGAUCCAGGAGAAGAUCCUCCAGUUAUUCGCGCCAAAUAUUUCAUCCGAGAUGAGUUCCUUCGCAUCAGUACUGCCAGUGGCGAGGGUAAACAUUACUGUUAUCCACAUUUCACCUGCGCUGUUGACACUGAGAACAUCAGACGUGUGUUCAAUGACUGUCGCGACAUCAUACAGAGGAUGCACCUGCGCCAGUACGAGUUGCUAUGAUCUCUCCCUUACCCACUCACAUAUACAUACACAGGUCUCUUAAUUAUUCUGCAGCAAUUUUGAAAUCACAGGUUAUCAAAUCCAAAAUCAUUUCAACAAACCUAAACAUUUCAGUAGUAUGUAAUUAAGAUUGAUUCCUUGUGGUGAGCGUUCUUUUACAAGCAGCCAAAUAAGGUUUUUGCAUAAAGAAUACAUAUCUAGAUAUUAGGACCUUUGAAGAUGUAUAGGUACCUAUGUUUGCCUAGUCACAAUUUUAGAUAAUUUAUUAGCAGAAGUAGUUAAAAAAAAUUAACAAUUAAAUUAAAUCCUAUACAAUUAUAAAACGUUUAAUUUAAUAUUUGUUUAUUAUGUUGUUCAAUGUCUAGUACAAUGGAUAUAUUCACCAAUAAAUACAUUUGUUUUUUUUUUUUUUGCUUUUAAAAUUGGUGAUACAGUUUUCUAACAUAUAGUAAUAUUAUAGUAUGUAAAAUUACAUUGUCAAUGGUUAUAUUAUUGUUAACUAUUAUUUACCAGGUACAAUAAUGUCCUAACCUAAUAAUUAUAUUAUUUGUAUUAAUAAUGGAUACCUAGUUCAAGCCUGUUUACUACAGUUGAAUGUCCAAAUUCAAUGAUGUAAAUAAUUGUAUGCAUUAAUAUAACUUUUUUUAACUAUAUAAUAUUUGCAACGUUCCAUUACAAAAAAAAAUCGCACAAUUGAAAGUAUAUAUUUAUCAUUUAAAUAUAUAUAAAUUAAUUUUUAAUAUUACCGUUAUGAAUGUUAUACCAGUAAAUCCAAUGGUAAAAUUUCCAAAUCUUAUGUAAUUACGUGUAUAGACAAAUAUAACUAAUUAUUAUAUUAUGUUUGUAACUUACUAGUUUCUUUAAAUUAUGUAUUAUUUGUUUCUUGUUAUAAGUCUUAUUUAUAAGUUAUUAUAUAUUUUUUUGCUCUGGAAUAAUAUAUGCAUUUUUAAAAGAACAACAAUUUGUUAACAUAACAGAAAAGCAUUAUUAAAAAUUGGGACAUAAGUUUCCUGUGCUUAUAAUCAAUAUUAAUUGUGCUACAUGAACUUAUACCAAUAUUUUAUUUAUAUUUAUAUUUAUUUAUUUACAUUUAAUUUUCUUUUUGUUUGGUGCUGCUUGCUUAUACUUCCUUCAUCUCUCCAUCCUCCGUUAUUAUCAAAUCUUGUAAACUAAAAAAAAAAACAUGUACAAUUAUUAAAUCUAGGUUUUCAUAAGUUAACCAGUGUUUUUUUUCUUCAGAGGGUGAUAUUAAAACUAGGACUUUUUUUAAAUGUUGUUUCUUUACAUUAUAUUAUUAUUAUUAUUAUUAUUUUUUUUUUUUGUACAUAGAUUUAGUGUGAGGGUCUGCCAAUAUAUAACAUCAUCAUGCGAGAGUCAGUUGAAACCAUUAUUGUAAAAUUAGUCGUUCUUUUCAUUAUGUUAUAUUAUGUGUGUAUCUUUAUGUAUGUAUAUAUGUAUGUAUGUAUGAAGAUAUAUAUAUAUAUAUAUAAUAUAAUAUAAAAUAAUAUGCAUAAUAGUAAUAUAUAACCUAAAAAAAAAAUGUAAUACAUUAUAAUUAAAUAUUACUACUUUGUUGAGUUUUUAUACAUAAAAAAAUAUGUUUAUUAUACAUACAAUUAUGUAUUGCUUUAUGUUUAUACCUAUUUUCUUUAUUAUUUGUAACCUAGUUGAAUUGUUUUUCCUUUUUUUUUAUUAAUGUGUUUAUUUUAUUGUUUCAAUUACUUAUUAUUUAAAUUAACUUAAGAAAAAAAGUUAUACAAAAAUAGUAGAUUCUGGAGUUUAGGAAAAAAAUUUGUUAAUUUUUUUUUCUAUUCUAUGAUUUAUUUUAUUGUUGAAAAUAAUAUUGUACUUUUUAAUUGCGUAUGAGUAAUAACUUUGUACAAAAGAAAAAAUUAGCGCAAUAAAUAAUAUUACAAUAUAUAUACAUAUUAUUUAUUAUAUAUAUGAUAUAAUAUGUGUAUAAUAUAUUUA